CCGGGGACGGUGGGAGCGGUCAGCUGCACGACACGCCCUCCACCCGCCCGCUCCCUCCCUCCCAUCCUCCCAUCUGCCGCGGCGUUGCCACUGAUUCCUGUUGGGGGUUCGGCUGUCGGGUCCGCUCGCCGCCGCCGCGUUUCCCCGGUGCGAGGAGGAGGCGGAGGAGCAGCAGCGAUGAAGAUGAAGGCCGAGAAGAGGUCCCCUUCCAGCGGCGGCAGCGUCGGUGGAGGCGGAGGCGCCGCCGGCUCGCAAGGACCGGCCCCGUUUAUCCAAGCUCUGGCGGCGGCAAGCAGCCAAUAUCAGGCUUAUGAGACGUACUUGGAAAACGGCAUGAUCUGCCUCAAGCAUAAGAUCAGAAACAUAGAGAAGAGAAAGGCAAAACUGGAUGACUAUAAAGAACGCUUAAAACGGGAAGAACUUAAUCAAGACCAGUUGGAUGCUGUAGCGAAAUAUGAAGAAGUAAUUCACAAUCUAGAAUUUGCCAAGGAGCUACAAAAAACUUUUUCUGCACUCAACCAAGAGCUGUUAAAAGCACAAAGAAAAACAUUACGACGUGAACAAAUUCUGAGGACUGAAAUGGAAAAGAAGCGUCUAUGUACUGCAUUGCACAUUAAAUAUGUACUGGACAACUUCAACCAGGAACAUGUUCAAAAUGACUUCAGAGAUGGCAUUAAUGGUGCAUUUAUUAUUUCUCGGAAGGAAAUUGGGUACCUGAAGGACUUCUGUAAACUUCUCUGUCCUGAAAGGAGUGAAAAUGUAUCUCUUGAAGAUCAAGUGGAAUUGGUGUCAAAUCAAAUGUGGGACCUUUUGGAAGGAGUGGACAAAAUGGUGGUUGGUAGUACCUAUAAACACUUGAAGGAGACGAUAAGCAAACUUCUGAAGUGUUCCUACUUCGAUAAUAUUCCGGUCCCUCACAAUGGGUUGCAGGAAGAUAAAAUCCAAGAGGUACAAGUAACCUCCAAACCUCAGAUGCUGUCUGGAAAGGAAUCUGAAUCUGACUUGCAUUUUUUGUGCUCGAGUGAAAUGCAGCCAAGAGAGUUUUUGAAUAGGCAAUACAUGAACAAAACUGACUACUCUGUGAAACAACAGCCUGAAAAACCAAGGAACUGGGAAGGAGAGUUUGUCAGCAGGAAGCAAGAGGCAGUCCCUAAUAAAUGGGAUGCUGAUUACAUCAGUAGAAAACGUGAGGACACUCCUCCUGAAACAUGGGAUGAGGAAUACAUUGAAAGGAAACAGGAGAAGGAACCUGUGAAAAAGUGGGAUACGGAGUAUGUCAAUAGGAAGCAGGAGGAACAGCCUAAAAAAUGGGAUAGUCAGUACUCUAACAUUCAAGAGACAAAAAGGUGGGAUCCAGGUUCAGUCCCAAAGGAGACCACUGAACCAAAGAGAAUUAUGCCUGAGCCCAAAGAGAAACGUGAUCGUGGUUCAAAACCAGAACAUGAAGUGAAACAAGUGUCAAAAGUGGUGCAGCAAGUAGCUGCAGAGUUCUGCUCGACAUCUUCCCUACCAAAUGACCCAGAACUCAGGAGGCAGAAACUUCAAGACCUAAUGUCCCAAAUACAAGGCACAUGUCACUUCAUUCAGGAUUCAAUGUUGGAUUCUGAUGCCACCUCACAAAGUGCUAUUGGAUCACAGAAGCCUGCCGUGUUAUCACUCAGUACUGCAGCUCUAAAAGAACAGAAACAAAAGACUGAAAUUGUUCCACCACCAUCAAAGCCUGCAACAGAAUUAAGUGUCCUUGCCAGUACUGGGGGUAGUUCAGGUUCUGAUGACCAGUCUUCAUUAUCUGAUUCUACAACUGAUCUUUCAGGACAAACUCUGCAGGUUUCGAGUGCACGGAAUUCAGAAAGUGAAGCGUACACCACUCCACCCCAAGUAUACCAAACCAGUACACCCAUCACUGAAUCUUUAACACAAACAUCACUAGAAUCAAAUCAGCAGGUGACGUCUUUGACCAAUGACCAGACUGCCUCAAGCACAGCAAUAACUCCAGCAUCCCAAGGACAGGUAUUCAAAGUUAAUGCACCUUUGCCUCCACGAGGUGAUCAGCAGGAAGUGAAAUCUGAUGGUCCAUAUUCUCCUGUCUACAACCAAGGUUUGAUUACAGCUAGUACUCAGACACCACCUCAGCCCAUCUCCGUACAGUCUUCGCAUAUCGUGGAGCAAAAUGCACUGACACAAGAUUCUUUGACAGAGGAAACUACAUCUGUUGCCAAUGGAACUCCAGUAUUUUUAACCCACAAUCAGCAAAGUACUUUGCCGAGACCAAAUCAAGCCUACUUUGGGAGCAGAGGUGCUGUACGGGGAGCUGCACGAGGUGGCAGAGGAAUUGCUAAUGCUUACCGUAGUGCAAACAAUGGAUACAAAGGUGUACAAAUAGGAUUUGAUGGUUACAGAGGAAUUCCGAUUCCUGCCAAUGGAACAUAUGGACCUUUUCCAAAUAGAGAAUACCCUGGGAUGCCAUACACUCCAAGGGAAUCUGGUUACCAGCAGAACUACAAACGUGGUGCAGGCAUUGGGCCUCGUGGGACCAUGAGAGGAGGAAAGGAUUUCAAUCUUGAUCUCGUUGUUCCAGACCUUGACGUGGAAGCAGCAUUCCCUUGCAAGCCCUUCAGUCAAUUCUAUACUUACCUGUGCAUACACCAGUGUUUGUUGAAGCACGAGGACAGGCUAUAUUUCAAUCCAAGUAACUAAUUCCCCUCACUUUUUAGACCCAUCACCCAAGCUAUUGGAUAGUGAAGUCGUGAGGGAAUGUAGACUUCUAAAAUGUCUAGUUGUGUACAAGGCAUCUUUUUGGCAUAUUGUACUGUUUUGUUAUAGCUAUGCUGUUACAUUUCAAGCACGGGUUAUGGUCUUCCAAACUAAAGGAUGUUAUGGGGGUACAAAUACAAUUUUAAAAAGUGACAUAACCAUCUGGUUAACUAAAGAAUGGGUCCUUGGGGCACAGCCUCAUUACAAACAGUUGGUCAUUAGUUAUUGAUGUCUGAUUUUGAUUCUGAUGCCACUAUAAAGCCUUAUUAUACAGAUUGACCACAAGUAUCCCAUUGUUUUGGUUUAUCACAUCCUUUGAAUCACAUAAUACAAAUAAGAAUCCUAAAUUUAAAUAUAGGAGGGUAUUUGGCCCAUCUUGUCUAUGCUAAUUGAGUGCUACUGACCUUAAUCCCUUCCCAGUAAUGCAGACUUUUGUUAAUUGAUACAAUUUAAAAUUGGUUAAUUAUCAAGUUCACAUUUGUGCAGCACAGGGACAAGUUUUUUGUGCUACAUACCUUCAAUGUCAGUUCUUCAGAGCUUUGUUGCUUAAACAUUUGCCAAAAACUAGUUUCUAAAACCCUCUUGAAUUAUGUGUGUAGUCGUGUGGUUUGAUUUUGGAGUUGGGAAUAUGGGUAAGAAUUUUGGAUUAAUUGUAUAGAUUAGAAAAUGUGAUAUUACUUUGAGCAGAGUGGAAGAUUUCUCAACCCAAACAGGUCUUAAUUACUCGACAGCUGGCUGGAGCGAUUCAUCUCAAGUGAGCAGUCCAGAGCGGGACAAUGAGCACUUCAACAGUGGGGAUUCUGGCCAAGGAGAUUCGCGAAGCAUUACACCAGUGGAUAUGCCAGUGACCAGCCAAGCUGCCACCCUUUUGCCAGUGCAUGUCUAUCCUCUCCCUCAGCAGAUGAGAGUGGCCUUCUCUACUGCAAGGACCUCUAACUUUACCCCUGGAUCCCUGGACCAGCCCAUUAUCUUUGAUCUUCUGCUCAAUAACCUUGGAGAAACAUUUGAUUUCCAAUUGGGGCGAUUUACCUGCCCUGUGAAUGGCACUUAUGUCUUCAUCUUUCACAUGCUGAAGCUGGCUGUGAAUGUUCCUCUGUAUGUAAAUCUGAUGAAGAAUGAAGAAGUCCUAUGCUCUGCUUAUGCCAAUGAUGGUGCCCCUGAUCAUGAGACUGCCAGCAACCAUGCUGUUCUGCAGCUUUUCCAAGGAGAUCAAAUCUGGCUGCGAUUGCAUAGAGGUGCCAUCUACGGUAGCAGCUGGAAGUAUUCUACCUUCUCUGGAUACCUCUUGUAUCAGGACUGAAAUGUGCUCUAAUAGCUAAAAUGCUUUGCACUCUGAUCUCUGUAACUUAAGGUCACAAUUUGAAGUGAGUUGCCAGGGAUGACUUGUUAAAAUGUCACAGUGGUUUUCUGGGGUUUUGGUUUGCACUGACUGGGCACUUUAACCUGUGAUGCCUUGCUAGUAGAGCUGCAAAUAUAUUUUGUUACAGAAUGUUGUGUCUUGCACAUGUUGGUCUGAGACAAUUUAUGUGACAUUGAAUGGAUAGAUUUCCUUUGCGAGAGAUCCUGCUAUUUACAAUGCCUCCUGGUGCCUCAAUAAAGAUAUAUUCUGCACUGUUG